ACUCUUAUGUUAAAACCUUGUAAAAUCUAAUCCAAACACGACCUUAAAAGAUCACAUCACCAACCUAAUAACCUCUAUUUCCCCCAAAUCUCUAGUUUCACCCUUUUCCCCGAGAAUCUCCUAACAGCGAGAAUCUCCAAUAACCUCUCGGCGAUGAAACCCUAGUCGGUCGAUGUUCUCGGCCCCGACAGCGAAAUUCCUCCACGCCUUGUUCAGAUCCCCCAUCUGUUAGUCGUAAUUUUCUUCUUUCCCUUCUGCUCUUAAUUUGCUAGGGUUGUCCUCCAUUUCCAUUUUCUGUUAUUCUUGAAUAUUUUGGGAGGCAAUUUAAAAUGGACGGGAACAAAGAUGAAGCUUUAAAGUGCUUGAGAAUCGGAAAAGAAGCGUUGGUGGGUGGGGAUCGAGCCCGAGCCCUCAAAUUCGUCAACAAAGCCCGCCGUCUCGAUCCCUCGCUACCCGUGGACGAUCUCUUAUCGACGAUAGAGAAAGACUCCAAUGGAACGGCCGAUCGACCGGGCCAAAACUCUGAUCAGCCCGUUAAUGGCCCAUCCGAGCCAAGGCCACCUCCAUCGAGGUCGUCCGAUCAGCCCUCUCUCCGCCAUCGCGUUCCAUCGGCAGGGCCGUCUUCGUCUUCAGCAUCUUCAUCAGCCUCGUUCACGGAAGAGCAAAUCGCAAUGGUGAGACAGAUCAAGAAGAAGAAGGACUACUACGAUAUUCUGGGGCUUGAGAGGACUUGUACAGUUGAAGAUGUGCGAAAAUCCUACAGGAAACUCUCUUUGAAGGUCCACCCAGAUAAGAACAAGGCCCCUGGUGCCGAGGAAGCUUUCAAGGCUGUGUCGAAGGCGUUUCAGUGUCUGAGCAAUGAGGAAAGUAAGCGAAAGUAUGAUAUUUCCGGGUCGGAUGAGCCGGUUUACGAGCGGCGAGCGGCUCGGCGUGGCGCUCCGCAAGGGUUCAAUGGGUUUUACGAUGCCGAUUUUGAUGCGGAGGAAAUCUUUAGGAACUUCUUCUAUGGAGGAAUGGCUCCGGCGACAACUCAAUUUCGCGGAUUUAGCUUUGGAGCGGGAAUGGAGCCUACCGGCGCUGAUACCGGGUCUGCUGGUGGGUUCAAUGUUAGGGUGCUAAUUCAAUUGCUGCCCGUUUUGCUUAUUCUGCUUCUCAGCUUUUUCCCAUCGUCGGACCCCAUCUACGCCCUAUCUCGUUCGUAUCCAUAUGAGUACAGAUUUACCACGCAAAAGGGUGUCAAUUAUUAUGUUAAGUCAACAAAGUUUGAGCAGGAUUACCCAUCGGGUACUGCGGAACUUGCGGCCCUUGAAGGGAGCGUUGAGAGGGAAUAUUUUAGUAUACUGUCGCAGAAUUGUCGGCUUGAGAUGCAGCGUCGCCAGUGGGGAUUUAUCCGAGAGACACCUCAUUGCGACAUGCUGCAGCGGUUUGAGUCCGUGGCUUGAUUAAUUGUAGCAAGGUUAUUAAUUGUUCUUCCUUUGUUUUGUUUUGGAUUUACUGUAUUAUACAGGUUUUGGAUCACUCUGAAGGAAUAUUAUUUUAGCAAAUGCCAAUAAGUUGUUCCUCGUCUUGCUAGCUAGACUAUUAAGCACGAAAAUCUGGAAUAGAUAUUUCGCUAGAGAUGCUUUUGUAUGACUGAAAUAUUAAAUUUUAUACAUACAAAGAUUAUUGUUUCUGA